UGGGUCUGUUUGCAUCGCAGUAAAGCAGAAGAGCUGCCUGCGGAGUCAACAGAUGCUGAAUAGAGAAUCAAACAUGCAAGCUCUGUUUGUACUGUUCGUGAUGCUAUUAGGAGUCUCUCAUGGCUGAGCACUUACAGUCUGUUAACUGCAGUCUGUUAACAUCAAUACCACAGAUUUGCUUAUUUGAGAGAAAAGAUUUGAAAGCUGCUGAUUGAGUCAACACAGACUGAACAGCUGACAUGGAAGCUGCAGUUGGACUGUUGCUGAUGUUCGGAGUAUCUCAUGGUGUGGAAACUCACUGUGAUGGCAGACAGAAUGGAACUCAGUGUUAUGGAGCUUUGGGAGGAAGUGUGGACAUCCAGCUGAUGGACAACACUUCAGAAAUAAAUAGAUACCAAUUGUUAAAGAGUUCAUUAAAAAUAUUAGAUGUUAGAAAUAAUACGGUUAUUUCUAAUACCAUAAGAGAGAGAGCUCAUUUUCCCAGUAAUGGAACGUUUAGGAUCAAUAAACUGAACAGGACAGACGGUGGUAAUUAUACCCUUCAAACCUUUGAUUCAGAUGGAAAAUCAUCAGGCGAGCAGAUUUUACAGUUGUUUAUUGAAGCUCCUGUGUCCUCUGUCCUGCUGGUCUCUGAGUGUCUGUCCCAGGGAGAGAGGAGGGUGUCCUGCUCCUCUGAGGGAGGGGACAGUCCUCAGUACAGCUGGACUCUGGAUGGACGCACACUGACAGAUGCUGAGCUCCUUUCUGGAAAUAAUAAGACUAACAUCAUCACUCUGAAACAGAACGUCUCAGGACGUCUGGUCUGCUCAGUCAGGAACAACAUCAGUAAUGUCUCCAAAGAGGAGAGAAUAUAUACCUGUGGCUUCAUUUUCAUUAACUGCACUCCAGUCAAUGGAACACAGCUAUCAGGGUGGGUGUAUGAAGCUAAUAACACCCUGUGUAUUAAACCAACAACAGUCCCCAAACAAACUGCUACCGCCAUAGUGUCAAAUAAAAACCCCACUAAGAUUAAACCCUUCAAUCAAACUGUCAGCAGUGAUAACCCAUGGUACAUAACCUAUUUACCACUGAUCGGUGGUGUUCUCUCAGCACUGCUCAUUUUGUUAGUUGUGGGUGUAGCAGGUGCCUGUGAACACAUCAUAAAGCAAAAAACCAAACCUACAGAACAAAGAGCUGAAGAAGAUGACCAGGAAGUAACCUAUGCUGAUGUCAUUAUCACGAAAUGUCAGAGGAAGGAUGCUGAGCAAAGAGCAGAGGCGGAGGUGGAGUAUGGCCAAAUCAAGUUUUCAAGCAACAGGAGAUGAUUUAAGUGGUUGGAGCUUUUACACCGACUGCACCACUGAGGGCAGUCCGAAGGAGGAGGUGACAUCAAGAUGCCAAAAGGUUGUUGCUUCAUGUAAGUCUGUGGCUGAAACACAGUUAAUCUUUCAGCUAACAGCACAUAAAGAACAAAACAAAUAUGAAUAAAAUGAAUGAUGACUGAAUUUUAUUCAGACACUUUAGCUUCCUGUGACACCUUCAUGGGCUACUUUGUCCCUACUCUAAUAAUAACAACAACAACAACAAUAAUGAUAAUAAUAAUAAUAAUAAUAAUAAUAAUAAUGUUCAUCUUUGGCCUGUCUUUAGAUUUAUAUCUGGGGAUCAGCCCCCUCUUCUGUAAGAAAUGCAUGUGUCUUAAUAAAUCUGGAUAAAUGUGAAGCAAGCAUUGUAUAUAAUAACAUUGGAAGAGAAGAGAGAAACAAAAUCCUAUUGACAUUGUUCUGGUGGACUAAUGUGGAAAGCCUUCAUUUGUUUUUCCUCUUCUGUUCUCACCCACUCUUGGAGAUCACUGUAGAUAUGUCUACUUGUUUAGUUUUAAAAUGUUUCCGUUUUUAAUGUGCUGAAAAAAUACAGUUUAAACAAAAACACAUUUUUUGCAAUGAUGUGGAAAAAAGUAUUUGGUAACAUUUAAUAAUGUGAUAAUAAUAAUGUACUGUUUGAUGUCCUGAUAACCUAAUUAAUAACAUAUUUAUUUCAUUAGUAAAAUUAUAUAUUUGCUAAAUUAUGUUUUUUUUAAUAUAAUCUUUUUAUACAAACCUGUAUAAUCUGAUCUUUCUCCUCUUCUACCUGAUAACCAAUAUUUGAUAACCUCCCUGCCGCCAGUUUACCGCCAAGAAAGAAGUGGUUGCAUAUUCUAUCUAACCUUACCACUGUGCUCCACACUUGUGUCCAGGUGUCCCUGUUGCUUGACUGGCAGGUUUUUAAAUGGUCAUAUUUGACUUUAAUGUUUAAAUCCAGAUUUUAAACAUCUUAUCAUUUGCAUAGGAACAUGGCUAUUUCUAUAGGUGACUGACUUCUCUCUGUAUGUUGUUCUCUCAUUAUUACGACUGAAACAGUUUCUGAAUGUGUGGUGUCAGUUGUUUUAUAAAAGAAGAUGAGAUAUAAAAUACACAUUUUACAUUUUGAUAUACACUUGUAUUACUAUACUUUGAACUGUGUUUUUGCCUUAAUGUUUUUUUCUUAUGUGUAUUGUAUAUAUAUGGCUUUUUUUUAGGAGAAUGGAACCUGUUUUGGGCAAGACUUCUGAAGCUUUUGAGUAACACAAGUAGCACUUAUUUGUACCUUUUGUUAUGGCAAUCAGUGUGCAUGUUUUUUUAGUAGCUCCUGUUUAAGUAUGUACAACAAAGAAAUCAUAUGUUGCAGCAAUUUUCACAUUAGUUGUUUAAAAUAGUAAUUCUGAGUAGUAUUUACAAAGUGAAGAGUAGAUGUGACUUAUAAUAGCCAGUACUCACUUACAGUUUUUAUCUUUGCAAACAAUAUAUAAACUUUUUAAAGCAA